AAGUUGUUUGCCAACCGCCAUAAAAAGGAGGAAGAGGAAGCCUUCGUCAUCCGCCGACGGAGCCAGGAGGAACCGAGCAGAAGAACCGUAGAAAAAUGGCGUUCACAUUCGCGGCCUUUUGUUACAUGCUCGCUCUACUGCUCACGGCGGCGCUUAUCUUUUUUGCUAUCUGGCAUAUAAUUGCAUUUGAUGAGCUGAAGACUGACUACAAGAAUCCUAUAGAUCAAUGUAACACUUUAAAUCCGACAAUUGAAAAGGUCAAAAAGAUUAAGAGAGUCAAAAUUGCAAUAAAGCUGGUGCUGCCAGAGUAUCUCAUCCAUUUCUUCUUCUGCGUGAUGUUUCUGUGCGCGGCCGAGUGGCUCACCCUCUUCCUCAACUUGCCGCUGCUGGCUUAUCACGUCUGGAGGUAUACGAGCAGACCUGUGAUGAGCUGUCCAGGACUCUAUGACCCGACUACCAUCAUGAAUGCCGACAUCCUGGCCUAUUGUCAAAAAGAAGGCUGGUGCAAACUGGCUUUCUACCUCCUCUCAUUCUUCUACUAUCUCUACGGAAUGAUCUAUGUUCUGGUGAGCUCCUAAAGACGUGGAGGGAAACGGACCGAGCCGUACAGUAGAUGACCAGACACUAUGAUCCAAGUGCUGGAACACUGGACCUGCUGGAGACCACUGAUGAGCAACACGAGCCGUCAUUUCAAGUGGAUGAGCCCCCCCGACAAACACACACUCACACACACAGUGCAGAGAGUCAUUCUGGAAACUUCUAACCUCUUUAAAGACUAUCUUGGUCGCAGCGUUUCCGUCAAAGCACUACAACUUAAAAAAAAAUAGUCUGGAAAUACGGACAAAUUUCAAUGGACAAGUUCAUCUUUUUUUUUUUAAUGCUUGAGAUUAAAUAAAAAUAGUUUUCCAUCUUU